UUUGGGAGACAUUCAGUUCUGACACUCAAAACAGAACCUCAUUUAAAUGACCAAAAGGGAAAACUGUAUAUAAGGCUUGAGCAGGAUUUGCUCGGGGUUCUUAUUGACUCCGACGAACCCAAAGUACGCCAUGUGUUUUGUCACUGCUUUGCUGGGAUAAACUUCUUGUUCUUCAUUAAGAUCUUCAUCAUCAUCGUCUUAUUUUUACACGACGCAUUUUUUAUUUCUUACAUUGGUGAGCCAGCCAGCGACGGACUCCAAAAAAAAAGUGGGGAAAGACCUGUUAGAAUGAGUUCAGUCAGAAAUGCCUCCUCUCAGGUUCCUGAUGUUUCCUCACAGUUGUGUGCGGAUGUAAAAACAGAGACUAACUGGAUGGAGCUCCACAUGAAGCAGGAGGAGACUACGGAGUCCAACGUCUACCACCAUGGAGAUGAUUUUGACCACAAACCUGAUGUUAUCUCCAUUAAAGUGGAAGAAGCUGACGGUGAAUCUUACCUGUAUUGUGAAUUUUGCAAAUCGCGCUUCUUCACCAAGUGUGAGGUUCACGGUCCAGCGCUCUUCAUCGCUGAUACCCCUGUUCCCAUGGGGGUCAAUGACCGAGCCAGACAAACUCUUCCGACUGGACUGGAGAUUCGGAAUUCGGGUAUUCCUGACGCAGGACUGGGGGUGUUUAAUAAGGGGGAGAUUGUUCCAGUCGGUGCGCACUUCGGACCCUACCAGGGAGAGCUGGUGGACCGAGAGGACACCAUGAACAGCAGAUACUCCUGGGUGAUAUCACGAAGUGCUCAGGGUGAAAAAUAUAUAGAUGCCAAGCGAGAGAUGCAUGCCAACUGGAUGCGGUAUGUGAAUUGUGCUCGUAAUGAAGGAGAGCAGAAUCUCAUGGCAUUCAGGUAUCAAGGAGAGAUUCUGUACCGAUGCUGUCGAGCCAUCGCCCCAGGACAAGAGCUCUUGGUGUGGUACGAAGAGGGAUAUGCCAAAGAUCUUGGCCGUACGUUUGACUGCCUCUGGAAUGUAAAGCACUCUGCAAAUGGAAAAAAGUUUUUCGCGGCUAAGGAGGCAACCAAAGUGACGGGCGAAAUAUCCGACGACGAUAAUUCGUCCUCGUCAGAGAGCGAUUUAUCUGUAGACUCUGAGGCUGAGGAGGAUUUCCUAAAAGGAAGAGAUCCUGAUCUAGAACUAGAGCCAGAGUCAUCUGACUCAGAUUAUCAGCCAGAGACAAAGAGGCCCAGGAGGACCCCAGUGUUUGUGGAGGAGGAGCUGGAACCCCAAUCCUCUACCUCCACACAGCCUGCAGGACAGGGGAGGGGGAGACCCAGGGGAAGAACCAGAGGGAGAGCAGGACUGAGAAGCACUGACAAGCAGACUUCUGUACCUGAAGGUUCAUGGCAGGGCACUGAUGUGGAGGACAUCACUCCUGACCAGCCAUCCUUCCACCCCGCACGCACACCUGGUGGCCAGCUCAAGGGUUGUGUAAAAUACACCAUCCUACAAUUGUUUAGUUUGUUCAUGACCGAUGACCUACUCCAAGUCAUUGUGAACAAUUCAAACAAAUUUGGAGAAAGCAAACACCCAGACACAUUUCAGAAGGUCACCUUGGCAGAGAUGAAGUCAUACUUGGCGAUGAUCAUCUACAUGGGAUUAGUCAAGACACCUGGAAUUCGUGACUAUUGGAGAAAGUCUGAGUUAUACGCCUUUUCUUUUCCCUCAAGUGUGAUCUCCGGGCGCCGGUUCAAAGCCAUCUCACGUGUCCUCCACCUCAGUGACCCUGGUGAAGAUGCUGCCAACAACUCAAAAAGAGGCACCGCUGGGUACGAUAGACUUUGUAAAAUAAAGCCAUUGUACCAUAAGUUUAGGAAGAUGUGCAUGGAGCAUUAUCAUCCCCACCAGUGCAUUGCGAUCGAUGAGAGGAUUGUCGCCUCCAAAGCCCGCAGCGGAUUCCGGCAGUAUAUGAAGAACAAGCCUGUGAAGUGGGGUUAUAAGCUGUUUGUGCUUGUGGAUUCCACCAAUGGUUACACCUGGGACUUCUUCAUCUACGAAGGCAAGGGAGCAAAAAUCAUCAAGGGGCUCAGCUAUGACUCCAUAAUGCGUCUCACGAACACGCAUGUGCUUGGUACCGGGUACAAGUUAUUUGUGGAUAACUUUUACACAAGCCCAAAUCUCUUUCGUGACCUGCUGGAAAAGAAGAUCUGGGCCUGCGGGACCAUUCGCGGACAGCGUAUCGGGUUCCCAAAAGACAGGCAAGGCGGUCUUGUGAGGUCCUCCGCCCGGGGCACCAUUCGCUGGAUCCGCGAGGGGCCCAUGGUGUUUGUGCAGUGGAGGGACACCAAAGAUGUGCUGAUGUGUUCCACAUUUCAUGCAGCACAUGGAGAGGAUAGUGUCCGGAGACGGAUCAAGGGGGCAGAUGGGCAGUGGUCUGUGCAGGAUGUCCCCAUUCCACCAGCCAUGAAGGAUUACAACAGGAACAUGGGUGGUGUGGACCUGUCCGAAGCCAUGAUCGACUACUACUCUGUCCUGCACAAGACCAAGAAGUGGUACCGGUCUGUCCUGUACCAAUUCGUCGACAUCGCGAUCGUCAACGCCUUCAUCCUCUACAAGGAGAUGGCCAAUGCAAGGAACGAGAAGGUGAUGUCACACAAGGACUUCCGUGAGACCCUGGUGAUGGAACUGAGAGCAGUUGGGUCUACCACCACAGCCCCACCAAAGCCACCCCCUCCUGCUCCUAAAGGUGCCUCACACAAGCCUGUUCGAUUUUCACAGGAUAGCAACGUAGGUCGGAGGAGGUGUGUCCACUGCCACCAGAGGACCACAGUAAAGUGCACCUCCUGUGAUGUGUCCCUGUGCUUCACCAUAAACAGGGACUGUUAUAAUGCAUGGCACACCUUGAAGAAAUUAUAACUUUCAUAUAUAUAAUAUUUCAUGUAAAUAUUUCGUGUGUGUUUUGUAUUUUGCUCAGUUUCAUAGAAAGUUUUCUUAUUUUACCAGGAUAUUCGAUGAUGUAAAUAGUUUUUUUUUUCCCUAAUAUUUCUACAUAAAAACACUUUGACUGCA